AUGAAAGACGCAGAGCCGAACAACAUAGCGAUACGGAAGAGAGCUAAAUUCCAUCAGGACAACAUGAGUAAACACGUCAAGAUUCGAGAGAUAUUCGGGCUUUGCAGCCCGUACCACCCAAAUCAACUGGUAGCCAAGCAACACCUGCCCCUUGAAGGCUUGUGCCAGAAGGAACUCAUGUACCGCGUUGCGUGUAAGAUCUCUGACCUCAAGGUUCUAAAUGACCGAGGAAUCCUAGCCAUGGACGCCUGGGACUUUAUCCGCUGGCGUAUUGGACGGAAGCUCGAGGAGCGACUGGACCGACCGGGCCAGAGUGGGAGGCAUUUCGUCCGGACAAUCAUCUAUAAGUUAUGCGACGAAUCCAAGUACAGUUCUACGGCGUAUGAAGACUCCGUCAUGCGGCAGGCAGUGCUCGUCUCUGCUCAAUUUCAAAACCGCAUAGCAAGCUUCAAAACGAGUGCCACCAAAGCUGGCAAUUCCGCGGCCAUGCCCGUGGAUUCAGCUACACCGCGUAGAAGCACAAAUGAAGCCAACAGAAAGCGAAAUCGCCGCACCGGUGGCCCUCAGCUAGGACAAAAUGCCUCGGCACAACGGGCUGAGGAGCGGCGACAGCGUCGAGCCCAGCUUGCUGCGCGGUCGGGAAGCUACCAAGGUGUAAAUGCUUUCAGGGACAUGCAGCGGGACCGACUGGUUCCCCAGCAGGGACAUUCACUUUGA